ACCUGCCUCCCGGAGGGUGUGGCCCGCCGGGGGCGGUCCCCGGCCCGGGCCGUUGCUAUAGCAACGCGCGGGGCAAACCGGCCCCUGGGCCUCCUGCUGCGGGUCGGCUGGCUGCCCCGGCUGUGGAGGGACCCGGCCGCCCCCGCGGGCCCCUCCUAGUGUCUCCUGGGGCGGAGCCGUUGGGACCCCAUUUCCCUCACUUCCGGUGUUUGGGGUGUUCCCUGGCUGCCUCCAUUCAUCUACACCGGUCUCACCUCCACCCCCAUCUUGGGACGUGAACCUUUCGGAAAGUUUGAAGGGAGUUUGCUGUAGGCACUGCCUAUACUAUCGACACAGUGAUCUGGACUCAUCAUCCCUGAAAAACUUCCAUAAAGUGGGGAGUUGUACAUAAUGCGAAAGUUUUAAGUACCUGGGGAAGAAAGAGCCAUCUCUCAUGUGUGAAUAUAAAGGAAGUGCAUCAUUAACCUAAGGACUUCACCGAUUGGAAAUUACAGUUUUCACCAGCAACUGCCUUAUCUUUUUUGGUCUGGUUUUCUUUUUCAAACUGUAGAAACAUCUUUUUUUCAAGUUACUAGUUAAGCAAAUGGCUGGUAGUGGUAUCAAUAAAAAAUGCACAAAAUGUUCCCACCAUUCAUCUACUUCUGAAAAAGAAGAACUUUGUGAUUGUUCCUGUAAAGCAAAGGGUUCUCCAGUUUUGGUGGUGGAAAUGUCACAGACAUCAAGCAUUGCUAGUGCAGAAUUCAUAGUAUCACCGGAGAGACCAAAAGAAAAAAGUAGCAACAGAGACCUUACCUCUGGGAAAGAUUUGCCCUCAAGAACCUCAAAUGUAGAGAGAAAAGCAUCUCAACAACAAUGGGGUCGGGCCAACUUUACAGAAGGAAAAGUUCCUCACAUAAGAAUGGAAAAUGGAGCUGCUAUUGAGGAAUUUUAUACCUUUGGAAGAAUAUUGGGACAAGGGAGCUUUGGACUAGUACUUGAAGUUACAGACAGGGAAACCAAAACUAAGUGGGCAAUUAAAAAAGUGAACAAAGAAAAGGCUGGAAGCUCUGCUGUUAAGUUACUUGAACGAGAGGUGAACAUCCUAAAAAGUGUAAAACAUGAACACAUUAUACAUCUGGAACAAGUAUUUGAGACACCAAAGAAAAUGUACCUUGUGAUGGAGCUUUGUGAGGAUGGAGAACUCAAAGAAAUUCUGCAUAAGAAAGGGCAUUUCUCAGAGAAUGAGACAAGGUGGAUCAUUAAAAGUCUUGCAUCAGCUAUAGCAUAUCUUCACAGUAAUGAUAUUGUACAUAGAGAUCUAAAACUGGAAAACAUAUUGGUUAAAAGCAGCUUUAUUGAUGCUAACAAUGAAUUAAACUUAAACAUAAAGGUGACCGAUUUUGGCUUAGCAGUGAAGAAGCACGGUAGAAGUGAAGCCAUGAUGCAGAGCACAUGUGGGACUCCUAUCUACAUGGCCCCUGAAGUUAUCAAUGCCCAUGACUAUAGCCAGCAGUGUGACAUUUGGAGCAUAGGUGUCAUAAUGUACAUUUUAUUAAGUGGAGAACCACCCUUUUUGGCAAGCUCAGAAGAGAAGCUUUUUGAGUUAAUAAGGAAAGGAGAACUACACUUUGAAAAUCCAGUCUGGGAUUCCAUAAGUGACUGUGCUAAAAGUGUUUUGAAACAACUUAUGAAAGUAGAUCCUGCUCAUAGAUUAACAGCUAAGGAGCUACUAGAUAACCAGUGGUUAACAGGCAAUACACUUUCUUCAGUGAGACCAACCAAUGUAUUAGAAAUGAUGAAAGAAUGGAAAAAUAACCCAGAAAGUGAUGAGGAAAAUACAACCAAUAAGAAAAAUGAUAAGUUCAUUCAAGGAAAGUUGACAAGUUACCAACCUGAUGUCAAUAACACUUUCAGUCAAGAAGAGGAAAAACAGUCCACUUCUGAAAAUUUUCCUGCGACCAGGAAGAAGGCAUUAGUGGACAAUGUUGAUAUGUGCUGUUCAAGUAGCCCAUCUAGCAGAGGCCUUCCGGUUGAACUCAAGGGAGAAACAGAGAAAACCUCUGUGACUUCAGGCCAAGGAACAGUAGCCAAAUACACUGCUAAAUCCACAGCCUUGUCUAGAACCAAAAAGCAACCCUAAAGUUUCCUCCAGUGCUGGACAGUACAGAAACAAAGCUGCUCUUAUUAGCACUAAAAUGAGGGGAGAGGAAAGGAAGAGGACAGCACUCUGCUGAGCUAAAGCCUUCCAUCUCCUCUGAGCCCUGCUGUGUGUUUGCAUCAGGUUAAAAUUGCAGCUAGUCAUCUCCAAAGCAGUCUAACCUGCAUGUUAAAGGACAGCCACCAAUAGACUUGGCAUUGGCAGCAGCUGAAAUGAACUCAAGAUGUAUGUGAGGGUUGUUUAGGGGGGCAGAUGCCCUUAAUGCAAAGCUGUGGGCAUACUUGCUCAGUUUUACUUCACAUUCUUAUAUUUAGGCACAGUUGUUUAUAGGGGAAAACAAGAGGCCAGAUAUGGUAAUGGAGGUUCCAAAUAAUUAUGUGCACUUUGCACUAGAAGACUUUGUUAGAAAAUGAUUAAUAAACUUGCCAUAGGCAUUACACAGAAGUGCUUCAGUCAUUCAGAUGUGUUCUUGUGAUUUUAGUUUGCUAUAGAUUGUUUAAAACAACUUAUUUUCAGCAUAAAAAUAGGAGAUUUUGUAACUGAUUGCCAUUAACUUGCUGCUAAAUUCCCAAUGUAUUGAUUAAAUCAAUAAAAUACAGAUGUUACCCA